GUGGCUCUGCUCUCUCCCUAGGGUUCCCCUGCGCCGCCGCCCCGACCUCGGCCCGGUCCAGUCCCUCCCCGCGGCUCACCCACUCCGGCAACGCCCCCUCCGUCCCCGCGGGCGGCACCCCACCCCUCCCUCCCCUCGACCCGGUCCGGCGACCCACUCCUCCGCCGCCCCACCACCGUUCCCUCUCCCCUCGUGUGAGGCAGCAAGGCAGAUCCGCAGGUGGAGCUAGUAUCAACAAUGUCAGAUCCUGUUAAGGAUAGCAAUAUGCAGCAGCUAGUCCCAAUGGCACCACCCGCAAGGGUUUCUGGUGGCGAACUAGUGGCAAGGGAUUCUGUAGGUGACAGUGGAAAGCAGCUGGCGCUGGUGGAGGGUGGAGGAAAGAGCUCGGGAGGGGUCAAGCUGCGGGAGGAUGAGGAGGACAUAGAGGUGAAGCUCAGGCGCAUCAUGGAGAAUGUCCCCGUCCGUGCCAGCAACACCUCUGGGUCCUCUGCUGGUUCUGGCUCUGGUGACUUCCACCAGUAUCGGCAAAUGAGGAGAAGAGAACAGGACCGAAUAACGAGGAUGGAGACUGAUUACGAAAAGAGGAAACAGGUGGCCGAGUUCAACCUGCGGAGGGAGGAGAGGCUAAAAGCAGCCGAGGAUCGUACAUCCAAGAAGCGCCUGAAACGCCAAAAGAAGAAGCAGCGCAAGAAUGAAAAGCGGGCCAAACCAAGCGGCGGUGGCGAGGAGCCCAAUAGCGAAGCAGUGCCUAAGCAGGUGCAGGAGGAGUCAGACGAAGACGAUGAGGGUUCGGAUUACGAGGGUGACGACAAGUUUAAGCAAUGCACAUGAAGUUGCUGUUAAACUGCAGACUGCCGUUUCUGGAUAUUACUUUUCAUCACUAGUAGGGAUUCUGGAUGAUAAGGAAGACCGGGGGCAAUGAACUAACAUCAGGCGCUUGUUUUUGUAGUAAUGGAGACUCGGAAACGUACAUGCUAGAUUGUGGCUGUUAGUGUUUUUGAAAAUGCUUGUCUACUGUAAGAUGGCAACCGGAUGCCAGUGGAUGCGCAUUCUCCUGGACGGUAGAUGGGGAUGGCGCAUUGGCUUCUUGAUAUGGAAUAUUAUUUGACCUUUUCCAGAUGACAUGGCCAUGCAUGAAACAUAGUGUUGGUUUUCU